UACCGCGCCUACGUCGGCUCGGCUGUUCAUCUACCUCUCCAUCGGGAAACUGCAUGCUGCUGCUCCAUUGUUUCAGCAACCUGCUCAGGUGCAUCACAUGUAUAACUAGAGAGCAAAGAUAAAUACUUGUCCAGCCAGAGAUGACUGGAAUAAUGGUGAGCGCUUCAACCGGGGUAAUGAACUCUCUCCUGGGUAAGCUGGCCACCCUGAUGGGGGAGGAGUUCGCCAAGCUAAAGAACUUGAGGAAGGAGGUUAAGUACAUCAGCGAUGAGCUGAGCAGUAUGAAGGAUGCUCUAGAGAGCCUUGCGGAUGUGGAUGUACUGGAUAAACAGACCGCGAGCUGGAGGGACGUGGUCAGGGAGAUGUCAUAUGACAUCGAGGAUAUUAUCAAUGACUUCAUGUGCAAAAUUGCGGAGAAAAGCAAAAAAUCUGGGUUUGUCCACGACACCGUUCAACGCCUCAAAACUUCAAGGGCCCGCCAUCAGAUCGCAGGGCAGAUUGGGGACAUCAAGAAACUUGUGCGUGAAACAAGUGAGCGGCGUGAAAGAUAUAAGAUAGAUUUCCCCCAAUCGGGCAAUGUGGCAGUUGACCAACGCGUUGUGGCACUCUAUGAAAAUGCAUCUAAACUUGUUGGUAUGGAGGGCCCAACCAAUGGGCUUGUCAAUUGGCUAAAAGAUGACGAGAAGAAGUUGAAGAUUGUAUCAGUUGUUGGUUUUGGAGGUUUGGGGAAAACAACACUUGCCAAUCAGGUAUACCAUAAGCUGGAGGGGGAAUUUCAGUGUGGUGCAUUUUUGUCGGUGUCUCAAAAGCCAAAUAUGCCAAAACUUCUGCAUAAUUUAUUAACCCAACUUGGGUAUCGACAAUAUUUUCAUGACUGUGAGUUAAAUAUUCUUCUCGGCCGAGUCAGAGAAAAUCUAAAAAACAAGAGGUACUUAUUUUUAGUUUGUAUAUUAUUGUUGUUUACAUGUGCCUCUGAUACUUAGAUUUCCUUAAAUGAUUUAAUAUUAUGUUCUUCUAUACGAGAAUGAAUAUUUAAUUUGAUAACAAAUAUUUUUCAUCUACCUUGAACCUGCUGAAAUAUUCGAUAUUUUUCUAUUAGUUACUUACUGCUGUACUGAUUUCCUUGCAGGUACUUGGUUAUUAUCGAUGAUCUAUGGGAUGUAUCAGCAUGGAAUAUUAUUAAAUGUGCUUUCCCAGAAAAUGAUCAUUGUAGUAGAUUAAUAGUGACUACAAGAAUUAGGACUGUGGCUGGGGCAUGUUGUUACGGUCACCGUGAGCACAUUCUUGAAAUGAAACCUCUUAGUGAAAAAGACUCAAGGAAAUUAUUUUUUGGUAGGAUAUUUUCCUCUGAAGAAGCAUGUCCUGGCCAACUCAGAGAUGUUUCAGUUGAGAUUCUCAAGAAGUGUGCUGGUUUGCCACUUGCAAUCAUUAGCAUAUCCAGCCUGUUAGCAAGUGAAAGUUACAACCAAAUGGACAGGUGGAAACAUGUACUCAGUUCACUGGGGUCAGUGUCUGGCACAAAUCUUACCUUGGAAGCAAUGAGACAAAUCUUGAACCUUAGCUACAAAAAUCUUCCUCACCAUCUCAAGACAUGCUUCUUGUAUCUUGGUAUGUUUCUGGAGGACUCUGAAAUAUAUAGGCACGAGUUGGUAAGCCUAUGGGUUUCUGAAGGUUUUGUUAGUAAAGCACAUGGACAAAAUCCAAAACAGACCGCGAUAAGUUAUUUCAAUGAGCUUGUCAACAUGAGUCUUAUUCAACCUGUACAGAUUGACAUGAAUGGGUCAGUGUUAACUUGCAAAGUACAUGAUAUGUUGUUGGAUCUUAUCUUGUACAAGUCCGCAGAAGAGAAUUUUAUCACUGUAGUAGACAACCCAGAGACCGUUACAGGACGGCUUCAAAAGCCCCGUCGGAUGUUGUUCAACUUAGAUGGUGCAACAUUGCCAAGGGAUAUUAGUAUGUCACAAGUACGAUCAUUUGCAAACUGGAGAGGCUCCACGAAUAUACCUCCACUGGCAGAAUUCAAGUAUCUUCGUGUUUUUAUUGCUGACUUUAGUUCUAGUUCUGUUGAUGACAAUCGGAAAAUCAACCUAACAGGAUUGUGUAAGUUAUAUCAGCUCCGCCAUAUACAGAUUGAAGGCUGUGAUAACUGCCAGCUACCAACGAAGAUUAGAGGGCUACACAAGUUGGAAACAUUUGAUAUAGAUGGGUCAUGUAUCCCAAUGGAUAUUUUUCACCUGCCAUGCUUGUUGUCUCUGCAUAUUUUUCACCUGCCGUGUUUGUUGCCUGAGGGCAUCGGUAAAAUGACAUCCCUACAGCGUCUGAGAUGGUUUGACACGCUGCACACCUCAACCGACAGUAUCAAGGGCCUAGGAGAGCUCACCAAUCUGAGACUUCUGUACCUGAGAACUGGUUUUUCUGAAGAUGUGGACAUGAAUGUUCUAAACUCUUCUUUGGGGAAACUUUGUAACCUCGACUCCCUGAACGUAUUUUCACCUGAUUCUUGGAUACCUGAGGCACUAACCUUGUCGCCUCCUCCCCCCAACCUCAUGGGACUCUCCAUGAUGCGAAUAUCCCGGGUCCCAAACUGGAUUAGGGAACUGCAUAACCUCCAGAGCUUGCAUAUCACUGUUGAUAAACUAGAGAAGGAUGAUGUUGGUAUUCUUGGGGCGUUACCCGCCCUUAACGACCUAGACUUAACGUUCAAUAGAGCCGUGGAAGAAACAAUUGUCAUCUAUGGGAGAGCAUUCGCACUCCUGAAGCGGUUGGUUGUCUACGGGACUAUCAUGCCACAACUGACCUUCCAAGCCGAAGCAAUGCCUAAGCUCCAAAGCCUCUCUCUACAUUUGAAUGCCAGGGGGUGGAAGCAGGAUGAGAGCACCAUACCUACAGGCAUCGAGCACUUGUUAGCACUUGAGAGAAUCUCUGUACGGAUCGGGGGUGAUACCGAAUCUGAAAAGAGAAGCGCAGAGUUUGCCAUUAGGAGCUCUAUCAACAUGCAUCCCGGUCAUGCUCACAUUAAAAUCGAUAUCCAAUGUUACUAACAAAUAGUGUGUGGUUUUGGUGGUAAUUCUUGGUACCAGUCACGUCGAUCAGCAGAGCAGCUGCAGAUUGAGAUGGAUUGCUGCAUAUUCUCCUUGUCGGGAAUAUCGAGCUAUCGCUUUGAUUUGUUCAGCUAGUUAUCUCGACGAACUGUUUCUCCUAUUUCUCCAAUAUUAUGCAUGAUUACACUUUGCUUGGGUUUCUCCUGUGGUAAUGUUUGAUGGUGGGCAGGAGAAGCCAGGCAUCAUAUGUUCUUGUUAUUAUUGUUGUUUGUGUACGUUUGCUUCUUGCAUCAAACAUAUUCAACUGAAUAUUUAUUGCUUGUACCGUUUGCAUUUCUCAAAAGUACAGUUGAUAUGUUGUAUUUCAUGGUAAUGAUUCCUAUGCAAUUUCGUGUUCGAUCACUGAUUGUUCUAUCUACAGAAAGUAUUAAUCAUUUCCACAGUCUCCUUUUGGACAUGGACAUGGAUGCUGUGUACACAGAGCACGCAUGGUAGAAUGAAUCGAUGGGCAUGGCUGCAUGCCCCGCCGUUGCCUGCCUUUUUUUUAGGAAACAGCAGGACUGUAUUUUUAUUAAUUUUCAAAUAAAUAGUACAAAGAAAGCGGUCCCAAACAGGUCCAAACAAAGGAAAGAAAAACUAUACAAAAAACUAAGAGCAAAUUAGAAGCAAAAAAAGAGCUGUGCACAUGAAAAGGAAACAAGUGCGAAACAACAAAGCAAGCAUCCAUAGCAAAACUAUCUGAAAGCGUUGAUCAAUCUUGAAAUCCUGCAUAUUCCUUUCUCCUGGCUCUGUAGAUGAUCCAUUCAAGUUCCUCCUUGAAUUUUGGUCUACAUGCGUAAAAAUUACCACAUUUCACGCAACCGUGUCCAUUAGCUACCACUUCACGAUUUUGUACAAAAAAUUAUCAAAAUUUUGCUAAUCCGUUGUUAAAAACUACCAAGUAUGAAAACUGCUCCAUUAACCUCUUCUAAACACCUUUCUGACAUGCUGGGCUCACAAGUCAGGUUGAUCAUUAACUUUGACCGUUAUUACAGAUAGGACCCACACGUCAGACCUUUCUUCCACCACUCUCCACCCUCAUGUGCAUUACAUUGAACAGGUUAUGUGCGUCUCGUCGCAGAGCACGGAGAGCUCGAAGGCCGCCUCCUCCUCAUCAUCAUCGGCCUCUGCAUCGUCGCCGUCGUCCUCGGCGCACUCCUGCCACAGCCAGUUCCGGCUCCUGCCAGAUCAACCGCUUCGUCGCCGUCUUUGCCGUCCCGCUGCUCUCCUUCAAGGUCAUCUUCGGCAGCAACCUCUACGCCAUGGACCUCGGCUUCGCCGCCGCCGACACGCUGCAGAAGCUCAUCGUCCUCGCCGCGCUCGCCGUAUGGUCGCGCCUCCCGCUCCCCUUUGCCGGGCUCGACUGGUCCGUCACGCUCUUCUCCUUGGCGACGCUCCCCAACACGCUCCUCAUGGGCAUCCCGCUCCUUGUCGGCAUGUACGGCCGCCACGCCGGCGACCUCAUGGUGCAGCUCGUCGUGCUCCAGUGCAUCAUCUGGUACACUCUGCUGUUGUUCCUGUUCGAGUUCCGCGCCGCGCGCCUGCUCAUCUCGGGGCGGUUCCCGGCCGCCGACGUGCGCGUCGACCCGGACGUCCUGUCGCUCGAUGGCAGCCACGCCGAGGCGCAGGCCGAGGUCGCGCCCGACGGGAGCAUGCACGUCGUCGUGCGCUGGUCCACGGCGUUUGUCUCCCGCCGCUCCCUCCUCAACGGCGCCGCGGCGGGGAUGUCGUCGCCGGCGCGCGGGUCGAACCUGACCGGCAUGGAGAUCUACUCGGUGAGCUCGUCGCGGAACCACACGCCCAGGGGCUCCUCCAGCUUCACCCACGGCGACUUCUCCGCAACCACGGGAGGCGGCGGGGCUCCGCCUACUCAGCCGCCGCAGCCGCACGGCGUGCUGCGCGCGUCCAGCUUCGGCGCGGCUGACCUCUUCUCGCUGCACUCGUCGCGGCAACACACGCCGAGGCCGUCCGCCAGCUACGACGAGCACGCGCCGCGGGGCAGAUCGACGACGGCCGUGGCGCCGGUCGACGACCCCAAGGACAGCAUGCACAUGUUCGACUGGAGCUCCGGCGCGUCCGAGGUGAGCGGCCUGCCGGUAUUCCGCAGCGGCGCCAAGGAGAGCAGCCGCCGGCGUGCCCCCUCCGAGGUGCCGUCCAUCUACUCCGACUCCUCCAGAUGUACGCCCGCCCAUCAGUCUCUCCCCACACCAUGUUUUAGCCCAGUUGCCCAACACGCACCACCGUUAACGACCGACCUGACAUGUGGGUCCGGCUUGUCAGAAGAACGAUUAAACGAGCUAAAACGGGCAGUUACAAAUCUUGGUAGUUUUUAGCAACGGAUUCAUAAAUUUUUGGUAGUUUUUCGUACAAAAUCGUAAAGUGGUAGCUACUAGACACGGUUGCGCGAAAUGUGGUAGUUUUUGACAAUUUAUCCUGACGCUGAAGAUGAAAUCAUUCCUUGUGGUCCAGAUUGCCCAAAAAACCAGAAUUGUGAUUUCAAAAGCAAAAGGGACUUGAAGGAGCUGUUUGAUUGCACCGAGCUCAUCUUGGAUACCCAUGUGAUGGGGCGGCCAGCUGGGACAUACAUAGUUCCCUGCAGCAUAGUUGUGCAAAUGGGCAAUGGAAGAACAAAUGGUCCCUCUUUCUAGAGCACCCGAAUUACAAAAGGAUACAUGAAUAUGAAGGCUC